AUGAUUCCGCUGAUCAUCCUCUCUCUUGCGGUCUCAACUCAUGCUGUGAGCAAAUAUUCAGAUGAAUUCGCUCGAUCUUUCAUGUUUCCAUUGAGCGCAGCCGCCUACGCGGACAGACCAAAAAUUUGCGUACAAAAACUGUUCGCUAAUGCAACGGUUACUGCCCGAAUCCUAGUCUAUUGUGGGUCACCAGAUUCCACCUGCUCCGGAUACACAGCGGUACUACCAGCACAAAGAGCGAUUGUGUUAAGUUUUAGAGGUACAACAUCAACUGCGCAACUAAUCGAUGAAGCGUUAAGAAGCGCUUUCGGUGAUUGGGUUAAAUGGCCGUUUGGUGGGAAUGUCUCGAAUUAUUUUGGCGCUGCUUUCGCGCUUGUCUGGAAUAAAGGAAUGGGUAAAAGCUUUGUGAGGCUCAGAAAGAAGUACCCAAACUAUGAAAUAUGGAUUACUGGCCACUCCCUUGGAGGCUCAAUGGCAUCACUGGCUAAUUCGUACAUCUUGGGGAAAGGUUACGCUGAUCCACUAAAAACGAAGUUGAUGACUUUUGGUCAGCCGAGAACAGGAGACCCAAAUUUCUCAAACACCCACAAAGAACAGGCCGAGUACGCUUUUCGGGUUACACACUGGAGAGACAUUGUGCCUCAUAUCCUAUCCAUAGGCUACAGACAUCACAGACGAGAGACAUUCUACCAAAGCGGCAUGAAACCUAAAGAAUUCAAAGUCUGCGAAGAUGGCGAGUCGAAUGAAUGCAGUAAUGGUUUGUACUUCAAAAGUAGCACAAACGACCACACACAUUACUUUGGUAAAAUGGUCAGCGAGUACGGAAUCAAGGGCUGUGUCUAA